UCGGCUAUUCGACGGCGCGUCACCUCCCGGACCCGCCUGCCAGUGCCUGGCUAGUGGCUGCUUCUCUCUGCUUUACCGGCAGCGACGGGGUUGGUGGUCCUGGAGAGUUGCGUCCGCAAAACGCCUUCCCCCUGCCGCAGUGGGAGAUGGAAGAGAGAUUGACGGAUGCCAGAUGGAUACGGAGCAGGUGCUGCCAGUAACGCGUGGCCGAGGAUGGCGGAGGGGGGCGAGGGAGAGGAGGAGAUCCAGUUCCUGCGAACGGAUGACCAGGUGGUUCUACAGUGCACCGCCUCCAUCCUGAAGGAGCAGCAGAUUAAGCUUUGUCUGUCCUGUGAGGGAUUCGGAAACCGUCUCUGCUUCCUGGAAACCACCUCCAACGCCCAGAAAGUGCCUCCAGAUUUGGCAAUAUGCAACUUCAUUCUGGAGCAAUCGUUGUCAGUGCGUGCCUUGCAGGAGAUGCUGGCCAACACGGUGGAGAUGACCGAGGCAGUCGAUUUGGACAAAUGGUCGUCGCAAGGUGGCGGCCAUCGCACCUUGUUGUACGGCCACGCCAUCCUCCUCAGGCACAACCACUCAGGCAUGUACCUGAGCUGUUUGACCACAUCUCGCUCGCUCACAGACAAGCUGGCCUUCGACGUGGGGUUGCAAGAAGAUUCUACUGGCGAGGCGUGUUGGUGGACUAUUCAUCCUGCCUCCAAGCAGAGGUCAGAAGGUGAAAAGGUCAGAGUCGGUGACGACCUCAUCCUUGUCAGCGUGUCCUCUGAGAGAUACCUGCACUUGUCCUACGCCAGUGGAGAUCUGAUGGUGGACGCCUCCUUCAUGCAGACUCUGUGGAAUAUGAAUCCUAUUAGCUCAGGAUGUGAACUAGCUGAAGGAUUCCUGACGGGCGGUCACGUGCUCCGGCUGUUCCACGGUCACAUGGAUGAGUGUCUGACCAUUGCCACACCAGAAGAAGGAGAGGAAAAGCGCAGAAUGGCUCACUACGAAGGCGGUGCAGUUUGCAGCCAGGCUCGUUCCUUGUGGAGGUUGGAGCCUUUGCGCAUCAGUUGGAGUGGCAGCCAUUUUAAGUGGGGGCAAGCAUUCCGCAUCCGCCAUAUCACCACAGGGCGUUACCUGGGUCUGGAUGAGGAAAAGGGCUUGUUGGUAGUGGACUCGGACAAAGCUAACACCAAAAUGUCUGCUUUCUGCUUCCGUGCGUCAAAGGAGAAGGUGGACGUGGCUCACAAGCGAGAUGUAGAAGGGAUGGGCAUCCCGGAAAUUAAGUACGGAGAGUCCAUGUGCUUCGUACAACACGUUUCCACAGGCCUGUGGCUCACGUACGCCGCGCUGGACGCCAAAGCUGCUCGUCUUGGAAUGAUGAAGAGGAAGGUCAUCCUGCACCAAGAAGGCCAUAUGGAUGAUGCCCUCACUGUGUCCCGCUCCCAGACAGAGGAGUCUCAAGCCGCUCGUAUGAUUUAUAGCACCAUGGGUCUCUUCAGGCAGUUCAUCAAGGGUUUGGACUCUCUGAGCGGGAAAAACAAAUCGCCGGGGCCUGUGUCGCUUCCUCUGGAGGGCGUUAUCCUGUCCUUGCAGGAUCUUAUUUUCUACUUUCGCCCUCCCGAGGAGGAGCUGGAACAUGAGGAGAAGCAGACCAAACUGCGAUCCCUCCGGAAUCGGCAGAAUCUCUUUCAAGAGGAGGGAAUGAUCACCAUCGUGUUGGAAUGCAUCGACCGACUCAACGUGUACAACACGGCGGCGCACUUUUCCGAAUUCGCAGGCGAGGAAGCAGCAGAGUCUUGGAAGGAGAUUGUCAACCUCCUCUACGAGUUGCUGGCUUCAUUAAUCAGGGGCAACCGCUCCAACUGCGCCUUGUUUUGCGACAACCUGGACUGGCUGGUCAGCAAACUGGACCGUUUGGAGGCCUCAUCAGGUAUUCUGGAGGUUCUGUACUGUGUGCUCAUUGAAAGCCCCGAGGUUCUAAACAUCAUCCAAGAGAACCACAUUAAAUCCAUCAUCUCUCUCCUGGACAAACAUGGACGGAACCACAAGGUUCUCGAUGUUCUCCGCUCUCUCUGCGUGUGUAACGGUGUCGCUGUGAGGUCCAAUCAGAACCGCAUCACUGAGAACCUCCUUCCGGCUCGCGACUUACUACUGCAAACCAACAUUGUUAAUUAUGUGACCAGCGUCCGGCCAAACAUUUUCUUGGGUACCUGCGAGGGCUCCACACAGUACAAAAAGUGGUACUACGAGAUGAUGGUGGACUACGUGGAACCCUUUGUGACAGCGCAGGCGUCACACCUACGUGUGGGCUGGGCCAUGACUGAAGGCUACAGCCCCUACCCUGGAGGCGGCGAGGGCUGGGGAGGCAACGGCGUUGGCGACGACCUCUAUUCGUACGGCUUUGACGGCCUCCAUUUAUGGUCAGGUACUGUCGCACGCCAGGUGGCCUCACCCUCCGCACAUACUCUGGCCGCAGACGACGUAGUCAGUUGUUGUCUGGAUCUGAGCGUGCCCAGUAUCUCCUUCCGCAUCAACGGACACCCGGUUCAGGGCAUGUUUGAAAACUUCAACGUAGAUGCCCUCUUCUUCCCUGUCAUCAGUUUCUCAGCUGGUGUCAAAGCUCGUUUCCUGUUGGGGGGUCGCCACGGAGACUUCAAGUUCAUGCCCCCACCAGGCUACGCACCAUGCUAUGAAGCGCUGCUCCCCAGGGAAAGAAUGCGCAUCGAGCCAAUCAAAGAGUACAAGCACGACUUUGGCGGUGUGCGGAACCUGUUAGGGCCUACUCUGUCGCUCACCCAUACAUCUUUUACGCCUUGUCCGGUGGACACAGUUCAGAUCGUAUUGCCACCACAUCUUGAAAGAAUCCGAGAAAAGCUAGCGGAGAAUAUUCACGAGCUCUGGGCAAUCACCCGCAUCGAGCAAGGAUGGACUUAUGGAACGUUCAGAGACGACAACAAAAAACUUCAUCCCUGCUUGGUGGACUUCCAGAGUCUCCCUGAACCCGAGAGGAAUUACAACCUGCAGAUGUCUGGAGAGACUCUAAAAACUCUCCUGGCUCUGGGCUGUCAUGUCGGCAUGGGUGACGAGAAAGCGGAAGAAAACCUCAAGAAAAUCAAGCUACCAAAGACAUAUAUCAUGAGCAACGGCUACAAGCCCGCACCACUUGACCUAAACCACGUCAAGCUGACACCCAACCAGAACCAGCUUGUUGAAAAACUGGCAGAAAACGGACAUAAUGUUUGGGCGAGAGACCGUGUUCGGCAAGGGUGGACUUACAGCAUAGUUCAAGACAUCCUCAAUAAGCGAAACCCUCGUCUGGUGCCUUACAACCUGCUGGACGAGAGAACUAAGAAAACCAACAGGGACAGUGUCAACAACGCCGUCCGCACCCUCAUUGGCUACGGUUACAACAUUGAGCCUCCAGACCAAGAGAGCACCGGCCACGGCCUGGAGAACAUUCGCGGCGACAAGGUCCGACUCUUCCGUGCCGAGAGGUUGUACGCCAUCACGCAAGGGAAGUGGUACUUUGAAUUCGAGGCCGUUACUACAGGGGAGAUGCGAGUGGGCUGGGCUCGGCCCAGCGUCCGCUCAGACACCGAAUUGGGAGCGGAUGAGCUAGCUUACGUCUUUAACGGUAAUAAGGCGCAAAGAUGGCACGUUGGCAACGAACCCUUCGGCCGCCAGUGGCAGUCUGGCGACGUGGUUGGCUGCAUGAUCGACUUGACCGAGAUGAACAUCAUGUUUACGCUCAACGGCGAAAUGCUGAUCAGCGACUCCGGCUCGGAAAUGGCUUUUAAAGAUAUUGAAAUCGGAGAAGGUUUCAUUCCAGUGUGCGCAUUGGGCCUGUCCCAGGUGGGAAGGAUUAAUCUCGGCCAGAACGUCAGCAGCCUGCGCUACUUUGCCAUUUGCGGCCUUCAAGAAGGCUUCGAGCCCUUCGCUAUUAACAUGAAACGAGACAUUACCAUGUGGUUCAGCAAGAGCCUGCCCCAGUUUGGUCCCGUCCCCGCUGACCACAACCACCUGGAGGUUUCCCGAGUAGAUGGGACCGUGGACAGCGCCCCCUGCCUGAAGCUGACCCACAAGACCUUCGGCUCGCAGAACGCCAACACCGACAUGAUGUUCCUCAGGCUCAGCAUGCCCGUCCAGUUCCACGAAACCUUCAAGAUCCCGGCGGGCACCACCUUGCUCACCCGCACGCUCACCAUACCUGAGGACGAAGUGGUGGUGGUGGAGCCCGACUCGGAGUUUGAGGUCUUGAAGAAGUCAGCCAGCCGCAAGGAGCAGGAAGAAGACAAGAAGGAGCCUUCAGUACCAAAGGAGAUCUCUGUAGAGAAUGAGAAGGACACGAUGUCAGAAAAGGGGAAAAAACGAGGAUUUUUCUUCAAAGCCAAAAAGGUCGCCAUGACACCUCUUGCCCCUCCUCCCGCACCUCCGACAGUACCUCGCUUGGUGGAAGACGUGGUCCCUGACGACCGAGAUGACCCUGAGAUUAUCCUAAACACCACCACUUAUUACUAUUCGAUUAGGAUUUUUGCGGGGCAGGAACCGACUGGCGUAUGGAUCGGUUGGGUUACCCCUGACUACCACCAAUUUGAUCCAAGUUUUGAUUUAUCAAAAGUGCGGAACGUCACUGUCACGGUGGGCGAUGACAAAGGAAACAUACACGACAGUAUGAAGCACAGCAACUGUUACAUGGUUUGGGGAGGCGACCUGGUGAGCACUCAGCAGACCCGCUUCAGCCAGGAGGACAUGGUAGUGGGUUGUCUUGUGGAUCUGGCCACGGGCCUCAUGACCUUCACGGCCAAUGGCAAGGAAAUUAACACCUUCUACCAGGUGGAACCAAACACCAAGCUGUUCCCUGCCGUUUUCAUCCAACCUUCCAGUCAAAACAUGGUCCAACUGGAACUGGGAAAACUCAAGAACAUCAUGCCGAUCUCAGCCGCCAUGUUCCGUAGCGAGCGCAAGAACCCUGUUCCCCAGUGCCCCCCGAGGCUGGACGUCCAGAUGUUGACCCCGGUCAUCUGGAGUCGAAUGCCCAAUCGCUUUCUCAACCCGGAGGUGGGCAAAGUGAACGAGAAGCUGGGCUGGAUGGUGGAGUGCACCGAGCCGCUCAUCAUGAUGGCACUGCACAUCCCGGAGGAGAACAGGUGUAUCGACAUCCUGGAGCUGUCAGAGCGCCAAGAUCUGAUGAAGUUCCACUACCACACCCUCAUGCUAUACUGCGCCGUGUGCGCCCUUGGCAACAACCGGGUGGCCCACGCGCUGUGCAGCCACGUGGAUGAGUCGCAGUUGUUCUACGCCAUCGAAAACACCUACCUGCCAGGUCCGCUGCGCAGCGGCUACUACGACCUCCUUAUCAGCAUCCACCUGGAGUCGGCCAAGCGGGCACGUCUGGGUACCAACAAGGAGUUCAUCGUGCCCAUGACGGAGGACACGCUCAGCAUCAACCUCUAUCCAGAUGCCAAGAAAGCUCACUCCCUUCCCGGGGUGGGUCUCAACACUUGUUUGCGUCCCAAGCUGCAUUUCUCCUCCAUCAACUUUGUGGGAAUGGAUCCAGACCUCUAUACGCUCAGUCCCGUUUUUCCACUGCAGGAACUGAAGACCCGAGCUAUCAGCAUGCUAACAGAGGCCGUGCUGGACGGUAGCCAAGCCAUGCGCGAUCCAGUAGGAGGCAGCGUCGAGUUUCAUUUCGUUCCCAUCCUCAAACUGAUCAGCACGUUGCUCAUCAUGGGUAUCUUCAACGACGAAGACACCAAACACAUCCUGAAGAUGAUCGACCCCAACGUCUUCAGCGGGAAGGAAGAGAACGAGGAGGACGAGGGACAAGCCGCCACGGAGGAGGCGCAAGAGGAAGCUGACGAGGAGGCCGAACUGGAGGACGAGGGUGUGGGCGAGGAGGAAGAGGAGCUGAAAGCUCUGGAAAAAGUAGAAGAUGAAGAAGGCGAGGAAAAAGAGGAGGAGGAAAAGAAGGAAGGUGAAGACACCGGAGACAAAAAGGUGGACGGAGAGAAGCAAGAAGAAGAGAAGGAAGCGGAGAUGCUCGAGGCGGAGUUAAAAGAAGAAGAGGAGGGGCUUGAGGAGGGGUUGCUUCAGAUGAAGUUGCCAGAAUCUGUCAAACUACAGAUGUGCACACUCCUUCAGUACUUCUGUGACUGUGAGCUGCGACACCGCGUGGAAGCCAUCGUGGCCUACUCUGACAACUUCGUGCACGAAAUUCAAAGCAACCAGCGCGUCCGCUACAACCAGCUGAUGACGGCUUUCACCAUGUCAGCAGCGGAAACUGCGCGCAAGACACGAGAGUUCCGUUCGCCGCCGCAGGACCAGGUUCUUUUGCUGACCAAUUUCAAACACAGUCCCGAGGAUGAAGAUUGCCCUGUACCUGAGGAUGUGCGAGACACUCUGGGAGACUUUCACAAUGACCUCCUCCUUCACUGCGGUGUACAUAUUGAGGAGGAGACGGAGGAAGAGGAAGUGGUCACCUCGCUGAGUGGACGCCUUCUCAGCCUGGUGGAGAAAGUGAAGAGCUUGCGAAAAAAGGAAGAGGAGGAAAAACCUGAAGUGGAGGAGGAGCCAAAACCUAGCACCCUCCAGGAGCUGAUCUCCCACACCAUGAUCCACUGGGCCCAGGAAUCGUUCAUCCAGAACCCGGAGUUGGUGCGCCUGAUGUUUAGCCUGCUCCACAGGCAGUACGACGGGCUCGGAGAGUUGAUCCGGGCGCUACCCAAGGCCUAUGCCAUCAACGCCGUGUCCUACCAGGACACCAUGGAUCUGCUAGAGUGCCUUGGCCAGAUACGCUCGCUGCUCAUCGUUCAGAUGGGCCCGGAGGAGGAGCGCCUCAUGAUCCAGAGCAUCGGAAACAUCAUGAACAACAAAGUUUUCUACCAGCACCCCAAUUUGAUGAGAGCUCUUGGUAUGCACGAGACCGUCAUGGAGGUGAUGGUCAACGUUUUGGGUGGGGGCGGAGACUCAAAGGAGAUCCGCUUCCCACAAAUGGUGACCAACUGCUGCCGCUUCCUUUGCUACUUCUGCCGAAUCAGUCGACAGAACCAGCGUUCCAUGUUUGACCAUCUCAGUUACUUGCUGCAGAAUAGUGGCAUCGGACUUGGCAUGCGUGGUUCGACUCCUCUGGACGUGGCAGCCGCUUCUUGCAUCGACAACAAUGAGCUGGCUUUAGCACUGCAAGAGCAGGACCUAGAAAUGGUAGUGACGUACUUGGCAGGCUGCGGCCUACAGAUGUGUCCCAUGCUGCUAUCCAAGGGUUACCCAGACAUUGGCUGGAAUCCAUGCGGAGGGGAAAGAUAUUUGGACUUCCUGCGAUUUGCAGUCUUUGUGAAUGGUGAGAGCGUGGAAGAGAACGCCAAUGUGGUGGUGCGUCUUCUCAUCCGCCGGCCCGAGUGCUUUGGCCCGGCGCUCCGAGGAGAGGGUGGCAACGGUUUGCUGGCAGCCAUGGAGGAGGCGAUUAAGAUCUCAGAAGAUCCAGCAAGGGAUGGACCAACUGUCAAAAAAGACAGGCGCUUUAUGUUCGGUGGUGAAGAGCAGCAGGAGGAGAGUCGGGUGCACCUGGGAAACGCCAUCAUGUCAUUCUAUUCGGCCCUUAUAGAUCUGCUGGGCCGCUGCGCCCCGGAAAUGCACCUGAUCCAAGCAGCAAAGGGUGAAGCUCUAAGGAUCCGAGCCAUCUUGAGAUCGCUGGUUCCCAUUGAGGAUCUGGUGGGGGUCAUCAGCUUGCCAGUGCAGAUUCCUGCUCAUGGCAAAGACGGUCAGGUUGUCGAACCCAAGAUGUCUGCCAGCUUCGUACCUGACCACAAAGCUUCCAUGGUGCUCUUCCUGGACAGAGUGUAUGGUAUCGAGAACCAGGACUUCCUACUUCACGUGCUGGAGGUUGGCUUCUUGCCUGACAUGAGAGCUGCUGCAUCUCUGGACACCGUGGCCUUCAGCACCACCGAGAUGGCGCUGGCUUUGAACCGCUACCUCAGCUCGGCUGUCCUGCCUCUGCUCACCAAGUGCGCCCCUUUGUUCGCCGGCACUGACCACCGCGCCAUCAUGAUCGACUCCAUGCUCCACACCAUAUACCGGCUGUCCCGCGGCCGAGCCCUUACCAAAGCCCAGAGGGACGUGAUUGAGGAAUGCUUAAUGUCACUUUGCAAGUACCUCCGGCCAUCCAUGCUUCAACAUCUGCUCAGGAGGUUGGUGUUCGACGUGCCCAUCCUCAACGAAUAUGCAAAGAUGCCUCUUAAGCUUCUGACCAAUCACUAUGACCGCUGCUGGAAGUACUACUGCUUGCCUAACGGCUGGGCCAACUUUGGGGUGACGUCAGAAGAAGAGCUGCAUCUUUCUCGUAAACUCUUCUGGGGAAUCUUUGAGUCUUUGGCUCACAAGAAAUUUGAUGCAGAGCUUUUCAAGAUCGCCAUGCCGUGCCUGUGCGGCAUCGCAGGAGCCAUCCCGCCUGACUACGUGGACGCUAGCUACUCCUCUCACACCGAGAAGAAAGCAUCUGUAGAUGCUGAGGGAAACUUUGAUCCGAAACCGGUGGAGACCACCAACACCAUAAUCCCUGAGAGGUUGGACGCCUUUAUCAACAAGUAUGCAGAGCAUACUCAUGAUAAAUGGGCGUUUGAAAAGAUUCAGAACAACUGGACCUACGGAGAGGCAUUAGACGAGAACGCCAAGACUCACCCGAUGUUAAGACCGUAUAAAACGUUUUCGGAAAAGGACAAAGAAAUCUAUCGUUGGCCCAUUAAAGAGUCCAUCAAAGCCAUGCUGGCGUGGGAGUGGACCUUGGAAAAAGCCCGAGACGGUGAAGGAGAGGUGGAGAAGAAGGCCGCUACACGAAAAAUCUCACAAACUGCUCAGGCAACUUAUGAUCCUAGUCAUGGUUACAGCCCUCAACCAAUAGACAUCACAGGAAUGGCGUUAUCCAGAGAGCUGCAGUCAAUGGCUGAGCAGCUGGCGGAGAACUACCACAACACUUGGGGCAGGAAGAAGAAGCUGGAGCUUCAGUCCAAAGGUGGUGGGACCCAUCCUUUGUUGGUGCCUUAUGACACUCUGACUGCCAAGGAGAAGGCUAGAGACAGAGAAAAAGCCCAAGAUCUGCUCAAGUUCCUUCAGCUCAACGGAUACGCUGUGACCAGAGGCAUGAAGGACAUGGAGCAGGACAUCUCAUCCAUCGAGAAGCGCUUUGCCUAUGGAUUUUUGCAGAAACUUCUCAAAUGGAUGGACAUUGCGCAGGAGUUCAUCGCUCAUCUCGAGGCUGUGGUUAGCAGCGGUCGAGUCGAGAAGUCACCACAUGAGCAAGAGAUCAAAUUCUUUGCUAAGAUUCUCUUGCCGCUUGUGAAUCAGUAUUUCAAGAACCACUGCCUCUACUUCCUAUCCACUCCUGCUAAAGUCCUGGGAAGUGGAGGACAUUCCUCCAACAAGGAGAAGGAAAUGAUUGCCAGUAUCUUCUGUAAGUUGGCUGCUUUGGUGCGGCACAGAGUUUCUCUUUUUGGAACGGAUGCAAGCGCCGUGGUCAACUGCCUGCACAUUCUGUCCCACUCGCUGGACGCAAGAACUGUAAUGAAAUCGGGGCCUGAGAUUGUCAAAGCUGGACUGCGUCAGUUCUUUGAGAGCGCUGCUGAUGACAUUGAGAAGAUGGUAGAGAAUCUCAAACUGGGCAAGGUGUCCAGCCGCAACCAGGUGAAAGGCGUGGCCCAGAACAUCAACUACACCACGAACGCUCUGCUGCCGGUCCUCACCUCGCUGUUCGACCACAUCGCUCAGCAUCAGUUUGGAGAUGACGUCAUGAUGGACGAUUUGCAAAUUUCCUGUUAUCGGCUCAUGUGCAGCAUCUACUCGCUGGGCACUGUGAAGACGCCACACGUUGAAAAGCAGCGUCCCGCUCUGGGCGAGUGUUUGGCCCACCUUGCAGCCGCCAUGCCGGUCGCCUUCCUUGAACCUGAGCUGAACGAGUUCAAUGCAUUUUCUGUUUACACUACCAAGACUCCCCGGGAGAGAACCAUUCUGGGUCUCCCCAGCCAAGUGGAGGAGUUGUGUCCAGACAUUCCUGAGCUGGACAUCCUCAUGAAGGAAAUCCAAGACCUGGCCGAGUCGGGGGCGCGCUACACGGAAAUGCCUCACGUCAUCGAGAUCACGCUGCCUAUGCUUUGCAAUUACCUCCCGCGCUGGUGGGAGCGAGGUCUGGAGAACUUCCCCGAGUUGGAGGGCCAAAUCUGCACCUCGGUCACCUCGGAGCACCUCAACCAGCUCUUGGGGAGCAUCAUGAAGAUUGUGGUCAACAAUUUGGGCAUCGAUGAGGCCUCCUGGAUGAAGAGGUUGGCAGUAUUCGCACAACCCAUCGUGAGCAGGGCCAAACCGGAGAUGCUCAAGUCGCACUUUAUCCCCACCAUGGAGAAACUGAAGAAGCGCUCAGGCAAGGUGGUGGCUGAGGAGGACCAUCUUCGCAUGGAAGGCAAAACGGAGGUGGACAGCGAGAAUGGAACCAUCCGAGAUGAAUUUGCCGUUCUGUGCCGUGACCUCUACGCCCUCUACCCUUUGCUCAUCCGCUACGUGGACAACAACAGGGCAAGAUGGCUGACGUGCCCUGAUCCCGAUGCCGAGGAGCUCUUCAGGAUGGUGGGCGAGGUCUUCAUUUUCUGGUCCAAAUCUCACAAUUUCAAGCGUGAGGAGCAGAAUUUUGUGGUGAUGAAUGAGAUCAACAACAUGUCCUUCCUCACUGCCGACAGUAAGAGCAAGAUGAGCAAGGCCGGAGACGGAGAGUCUGGAGGGUCCGAGCAGGAGCGCACCAAAAAGAAACGUCGAGGGGAUCGCUACUCGGUGCAGACCUCGCUUAUUGUUGCGGCCUUGAAGAAAAUGCUUCCCAUCGGGCUCAACAUGUGCUCACCCGCGGACCAGGAGCUCAUCAACCUGGCUAAAAUCAGAUACUCGCUGAAAGACACAGAUGAAGAAGUGAGAGAAUUUUUGCACAACAAUCUCCAUCUCCAAGGCAAAGUUGAAGACCCAGCAAUGCGGUGGCAGAUGUCCCUGUACAAGGAAAUGUCCGGAAAGGCGGAAGAUGCCGAGGACCCGGAAAAGGUGGUCAAAAGGGUGCAAGAGGUGUCAGCGGUGCUUUAUCAUAUUGAGGUGACAGAGCAUCCCUUCAAGUCCAAGAAGAUGGUUUGGCAUAAGCUGCUGUCCAAACAACGCCGGCGAGCCGUGGUGGCCUGCUUCAGGAUGACGCCCCUCUACAACAUACCCACGCACCGAGCAACCAAUAUGUUUCUGGAUGCCUACAAACGCAACUGGCUGGAGACGGAGGGCUACUCCUUUGAGGACAAGAUGAUCGACGACUUAUCGAAAGCUCUGGAAGAAGAGGAAGAGGAGGAAGAAGAAACCGAGACCAAGCCCGACCCUCUUCAUCAGCUCAUUCUGCAUUUCAGUAGAACGGCUCUCACGGAGAAAACAAAACUUGACGUCGACCACCUCUAUAUGUCAUAUGCUGACAUCAUGGCAAAAAGUUGCCAUAUUGGUGAGGAUGACGAAGGGGAGGAGCAAGAGGGGGAGGAGCCAUCCUUUGAGGAAAAGGAGAUGGAGAAACAGAGGCUUCUGUAUCAGCAGUCACGUUUGCACAACAGAGGAGCUGCUGAGAUGGUGCUGCAGAUGAUAAGUGCCUGUAAAGGUGAGCCUGGCGCUAUGGUUUCGUCCACUCUCAAGCUGGGAAUCUCUAUCCUCAAUGGAGGCAACUGUGACGUGCAGCAGAGAAUGCUGGACUACCUGAAGGACAAAAAGGAUGUGGGGUUUUUCCUCAGUGUUCAAACGCUGAUGCAGACUUGCAGCGUUUUGGACCUGAACGCUUUCGAGAGGCAAAACAAGGCAGAAGGACUUGGAAUGGUGUCAGAAGAGGGCACCAAUGAGAAAGUGAUGGCAGAUGACGAAUUCACGUGUGACCUCUUCCGCUUCCUCCAGCUUCUGUGCGAGGGUCACAAUAACGACUUCCAGAACUACCUGAGGACCCAGACAGGCAGCACCACCACCAUCAACGUCAUCAUCUGCACGGUGGACUACCUCUUACGUUUACAGGAGUCCAUCAGUGAUUUCUACUGGUACUACUCGGGCAAGGACAUCAUCGACGAGCCCGGCAAGAGGAACUUCUCCAAAGCCAUGACGGUGGCCAAGCAAGUCUUCAACAGCUUGACGGAAUACAUCCAGGGUCCGUGCACGGGUAACCAGCAGUCGUUAGCGCACAGCAGGUUGUGGGACGCCGUGGUGGGCUUCCUGCACGUCUUCGCUCAUAUGAUGAUGAAGCUAGCUCAGGAUUCGAGUCAAAUCGGGCUUUUGAAGGAGCUGCUGGAUCUGCAGAAGGACAUGGUGGUGAUGCUUCUGUCUCUCCUGGAAGGCAACGUCGUGAACGGCACCAUCGCCAAGCAGAUGGUGGACAUGCUGGUAGAGUCAUCCAGCAACGUGGAAAUGAUCCUUAAGUUUUUCGACAUGUUCCUCAAACUGAAGGACAUUGUGGCAUCGGACGCCUUCCGCGACUACGUCAGCGACCCGCGCGGGCUCAUCUCCAAGAAGGACUUCUCCAAAGCCAUGGAUAGCCAGAAGCAGUACUCUCCCUCAGAAAUCCAGUUCCUGCUCUCCUGCUCGGAGGCGGAUGAGAACGAGAUGAUCAACUUUGAGGAGUUCGCCGACCGCUUCCAGGAGCCGGCCAAAGACAUCGGCUUCAACAUCGCUGUGCUCCUCACCAACCUGUCAGAGCACGUGCCGCACGACACGCGGCUGCAGAACUUCCUGGAGCAGGCGGAAAGCGUGCUCAACUACUUCCGCCCCUUCCUGGGCCGCAUCGAGAUCAUGGGCGCCAGCCGUAAGAUCGAGCGCAUCUAUUUCGAGAUCAGCGAGGCCAACCGUAACCAGUGGGAGAUGCCGCAGGUGCGCGAGUCCAAGCGCCAGUUCAUCUUCGACGUGGUCAACGAGGGUGGUGAGAGCGAGAAGAUGGAGCUCUUUGUUAACUUUUGCGAGGACACCAUCUUUGAGAUGAACAUUGCCGCUUCCAUCUCCGAGCCCGAGGGUGAAGUCGUUGAGGAGGAGGAUGACGAGGAAGAGGAAGAAGAGGCGGCUAAGGAAGGAGACUCUGGCGAAGGGGAGGACGGCAACGGUGAAGAACCUGCGCCGGAGUCGGCGUCGGCCUUCGCGGACUUCUUAGCCAGCGUGGUCAACUUCUACAAUAUGUUCACCUUCCGGAACAUGCGGCGGCGCUACCGCAAGCUGCGCAAGAUGACUGUGAAGGAGAUGGUGAUGGGUCUGGCUACCUUCGUCUACACGGUCCUGAUGGGAAUCCUCAUGUUCGUCUACGGUAUCUGCAAGGGCUUCUUCACGCUCAUUUGGAAAGCGCUCUUCGGAGGAGGUCUGGUGGAAGGCGCCAAGAAGAUGACGGUGACCGAGAUCCUGGCUAGCAUGCCGGACCCGACGCAGGACGAAGUGCACGGUGACCUUCCGCCGGAGCCGGGAGCGAGGGUGGUUCAGGACUCGGACGGAGUGGCGGACUUGGACGCUGUGGGUGGAGAAGAGGAAGAGGAGGAUGGAGAAGAACGGGAAGGAGGGCGACUGCCUGGUUUCAACGCUCCUGGAGGACUCGGAGACUUUGGGGAGACAACGCCGGAAGAACCGCCCACUCCCGAAGGCACGCCGCUGCUCAAGAGGAAGCUAACUGCUGGAGGUGAAGGACAGGAAGAAGAAGGAGGAGGAGGAGGAGGAGAAAUUGCUGUCACUGAAGAAGAAGUUCCACCAGAAACGGAGAAAGCAGACACCGAGAGCGAUGAGAAAAAGCCAGAAAAGACUGAGGCGGAGCCUGAGGUCAAAGAAGAAGAACCCGAGGAGCCUGAAGAGCCGGUGAAGACCAAGGUGAAGAAGGAGAAGAAACCAAUUGAGGAAGGCUUUGAGCUGUGGAAUGAGCUGGAAGUCCAGAGGAAUAAAUUCAUGAACUACCUCUCAAGAAACUUUUACAACCUGCGUUUCUUGGCGCUAUUCAUCGCUUUUGCACUCAACUUCAUCUUGCUCUUCUACAAGGUGUCGGACAGCCCGCCGGGCGAAGAGGACUUUGAGGGUUCCGGUCUUUUUGAAGGUGGCUCGGGACUGUUUGAAGGCUCGGGUGCCGAUGAGGAAGGAUCUGGAUUUGAAGAUGGAGGAGAUGACGACGAAGACGAGGGCCCCUUGUACUACUUCCUGGAGGAGAGCACUGGCUACAUGGAGCCUGCAUUGGCCUUCCUCAGCAUCGUUCACACCAUUAUCUCCUUCCUCUGUAUCAUCGGAUAUAAUUGCCUCAAGGUUCCUCUGGUUAUCUUUAAGAGAGAGAAGGAACUGGCCAGAAAACUGGAGUUCGAUGGCGUCUACGUGACUGAGCAGCCAGAAGACGACGAUAUUAAGGGGCAGUGGGACCGACUGGUGCUCAACACUCCAACUUUCCCUAACAACUACUGGGAUAAGUUUGUGAAAAGAAAGGUGCUGGAUAAAUAUGGGGACAUCUACGGUAGAGAGAGGAUUGCCGAACUACUUGGCAUGGACUUGGCCUCCUUGGACGUUAGUGCCAUGACACACGAUAAGAAACCGGAGCCUGACAACUCUGUGUUUAGCUGGAUAACAUCCAUUGACAUCAAGUACCAGAUCUGGAAGUUUGGUGUUGUGUUCACAGACAACACCUUCCUGUACCUGGUCUGGUACAUGCUCAUGUCUAUGCUUGGUCACUACAACAACUUCUUCUUCGCCGCUCACCUGCUGGACAUCGCAAUGGGAGUUAAAACCUUGCGCACCAUCUUAUCAUCAGUCACCCACAACGGCAAGCAGCUGAUGAUGACGGUGGGCUUACUAGCCGUGGUGGUGUACCUCUACACUGUGGUGGCCUUCAACUUCUUCCGCAAGUUCUACAACAUGAGCGAGGAUGAGGAUGAGCCCGACAUGAAGUGUGACGACAUGAUGACGUGCUAUCUUUUCCACAUGUAUGUGGGCGUGCGUGCCGGCGGAGGAAUCGGAGAUGAGAUCGAGGACCCGGCCGGAGACGAGUACGAGCUCUACCGAGUGGUCUUCGACAUCACCUUCUUCUUUUUCGUCAUCGUCAUCUUGCUGGCCAUCAUUCAGGGUUUGAUCAUUGACGCCUUCGGAGAGCUGAGAGACCAGCAGGAGCAAGUCAGGGAGGACAUGGAGACAAAGUGCUUCAUCUGCGGGAUCGGCAGCGACUACUUUGACACGACGCCGCACGGCUUUGAGACGCACACUUUAGAGGAACACAACUUGGCCAACUACAUGUUCUUCCUGAUGUAUCUCAUCAACAAGGAUGAAACAGAGCACACGGGACAGGAAUCAUAUGUGUGGAAGAUGUACCAGGAGCGCUGCUGGGACUUCUUCCCUGCCGGGGAUUGCUUCCGAAAGCAGUAUGAGGAUCAGCUGGGAUAACUCCAAGGAGAAGGAUGGGUGGAGGAUUAGGAAUCCACAAGUUAAAAAUGCUAUGCACACUUUGACUGCAGCGUCCGAUUGGAUCAAAUAACACCAUCACGACACUUAGGCCUUUAUUUUAAAACGACCAUGUCCGUAGAUUGCCUUGCUUCAACACUCGCGCAGCUCGUCUACACUCCGAACUGUGCCUGAACGCAUCGUGUUCAUCAAACAGAUUGAAUGUGAGAGUGGAGAUGCUGUCUUUUAGUGCCUAGAGCAGUCACUGCUUUUUAUGUUUGUUUGUUUGUUUCUUUUUUUGUUGGUUUAGACGCGAGUGAGGAUGCUUUAUUUGUUUGAGAGAACUAGCGUGGGCUAACUCCAGUUAUGAUUUGGGACAUAUUUAAUAUUCUGUAUGAAUUAUAUUAUGUCUUCUAGGUUUACUGAUGAGAAAAGGAAACAAAUCGGAAGCAAAUAAUAGUGGUUUACGUCCAGUUAACCAGUUUCAGUUUUUGUAUUCUUUUUGUAUGAUAAUUUCACUGAGCAACUUGGUAUGCCACCUUAUAUGAUGCUAAUAGUGCUCACUGGCAGAGGUGGAUAGAGUAGCCAAACUUUUUUUUACUCAAGUAACAGUAGUGUUACAUCUAAAUAUUAUUACACAAGUAAAAGUAGCCUUCCAAAAAUUUACUCAAAUGCAAGUAAAAAAGUAUUCGUUGAAAGUAGGGCUGUCAAACGAUUAAAAUUUUUAAUCGAGUUAAUUACAGCUUAAAAAUUAAUUAAUCGCAAUUAAUCGCAAUUCAAACCAUCUAUAAAAUAUGCCAUAUUUUUCUGUAAAUUAUUUUUGGAAUGGAAAGAUAAGACACAAGACGGAUAUAUACAUUCAACAUACGGUACAUAAGGACGGUAUUUGUUUAUUAUAACAAUAAAUCAACAAAAUGGCAUUAAAAUGAUUAACAUUCUGUUAAAGCGAUCCAUAGAUAGAAAGGCUUUUAGUUCUUAAAAGAUAAAUGUUAGUACAAGUUAUAGAAAUGUUAUAUUAAAACCCAUCUUAAUGUUUUUGUUUUAUUAAAAUCUGUAAAAUUUUCAAGAAAAAAUAAACUUGUAGCCCGCCAUUGUUGAUGUCAAUAAUUACUUACACAAUGCUCAUGGGUGCUGAAGCCUAUAAAAUCAGUCGCACCGAAGCGCCAGCAGAGGGCGGCAAAACUCCAUAAAACACAAUUGACAAGUGGGCAUUUCACUGUACUGUCAUUUAAAUCUGUCUGAGCGGGGCAUGUGCGUUAAUUGCGUCAAAUAUUUUAACGUGAUUAAUUUAAAAAAUUAAUUACCGCCCGUUAACGCGAUAAUUUUGACAGCUCUAGUUGAAAGAAAUACUCAAGUAAUGAGUAACAUUGUGAGUAACUGCUUCCAAUGUCAGAUUUUUUAAAAUAAUGGUAUAUUUUUUUUCACAGCACAUCUUUCUUUAUAUGAACGGUUAUGAUUAUGCUCUACUAUGACUUCAUACAUGAUCAUAUUAGGCCAAAGAGAUGACACAGAAAUCAUCAAAUUCAGACCAGGACAACACUGUAAAUGACGAAUUUUAUUAGAUGGGCACUUUCCUUUGCAAAGCUUCCAUUAAACAUCACGUGUUCAAAGAGCAUGAGUGCCCUCUAGUGGAGACGAAACAUUGUUACCUCUUAUUGGUAUAACGGAGGCAUGUGGUUAUUGUUGCGACGUCCCAUUGGUGAAACUGAGACAGUUCUGUCUGUAUCUCUGGCAAAAAUAACAUCAAUAUAUAGAAUAAAGAGGAAAAAUAUAGCGACUCUCGUGUCGUACAAAGUAGCGGAGUAAGAGUAGUGUGUCUUUUUCACAAAUCUACAGGUAGUCCCCAGGUUACGACAUACCGUAUUUUUCGGGCUAUAAGUCGCACCUGAGUAUAAGUCGCAUUUUGGGGGGAAAUUUACUUGAUAAAAUCCAACAUAUAGAACAGACAUGUCAUCUUGACAGGCAAUUUGAAAUAAAAAAUACAAUAGAGAACAACAUGCUAAAUAAGUGUACAGUAUGAUAAUGUUACAUGAUUCAUGAACAACAAAAUGCGAAUAUGGCCGGUAUGUUAACGUUACAUAGCUAUUAAGAGUUAUUUAGAUAACUGUAGCAUAAAGAACAUGCUAACAAGUUUACCAAACCAUCAGUGUCACACCAAAAUAACAUGUGAAAUGAUGUGAUAAUGUGUUAAUAAUUUCACACAUAUGUCGCACCCCCAGCCAAAUUAUGAAAAAAAACCUGCGACUUAUAGUCCGAAAAAUACGGUACUCGAUUUAGGCGAUUUCGACUUUACAACACCGGAGUCUCGUCCGCCAUUUUGUCUCAGUCGUUUUUUGUUUUUUUUGUAGUCGCAUUAACAGUACCUUAUUGUACCUCACUCACAGUAUCUUAUUUUUUAUUUUACUUUAAUAUAAUAACGUGCUCUGUCCUCACUAAACGUGAAGUUAUUCAGCUUUACAGACACUUUUGACAAUUUGUAAAGCUGUAACACAUAUACAGUGCCCUCCAUAAUUAUUGGCACCCCUGAAAAAGAUGUGUUUAUUAGCUUCUAAUAUAUAUAUAUAUUUUUUAAUUCAAAUAAUAUGGGACCUUAUUGGAAAAAAAGAAAAAUCCAACCUUCAAUACAAGUGCAUUCAUUCAGUGGGCAAAAAAUCCCAAAUGAAGAAAAAAUUAUUUGACAUCAAAUAAUGUGUGUCACAAUUAUUAGCACCCCUGGUGUUGAUACUUUGUACAACCCCCUUUUGUUAACAAAACAAGGUCUGGGGACUGAGAUGGCCAUGGGAGGAGCUUGAUUUUGUGUCUGGUGAACCAUUUCUGUGUAAAUUUGGCCAUGUGUUUAGGGUCAUUGUCUUGCUGAAAGACCCAGUGAUGACCCAUCUUCAGCUUUCGGGCAGAGGGCAACAGAUUUUGAUCUGAAAUGUCCUGGUAUUUCAAAGCUCUCAUGAUGCCAUGCACCCUAAGAAGGUUC